AGGGGCUGCCCGUCGGCGCCGCCUCGGUGCGGCCCGGCUCGCCUGGCGAGCCGGAGCCGACGUCCGCCCCGCGGCGCUUCGCGGCGCUGCCCACCAGCGUCAGGCAGCUCGUGCAGGACGCGUUCUUCGGGGACGACACCACCGUCGCCGCCGUGGCGCGCCAGUCGCGCGUGAGUCCCCAGCAGCUCGACUGCGCCAGCCUGCGCUCCGCCCUCCGCCGGCAGCUGCGGAGGGAGCUGAAGCGCUGCCGGCAGGGGCUGAGGCUGAAGGAGAGGCUGGUCCGAUCGAUGCUGCCGCAGGAGCAGGCCGCGGCGCUGCUCGCGGCGAGGGCGGCGCGGGGCGCCGCGAGGGGGGCGCGCAGCUCCCGGGCCGGCCAGCAGCUCUCCGAGGAGCAGGAGGAGGAGAGGGAGGAGGCGCGGCUGCGGCAGCGCGUGGCGAUGCUCCAGCAGCUCCUGGCCUUCUGGAGGCGCCGCGUGGAGGGCGCCCCCGCCGCAGCCCGGGGUUUCGCCGCGGGCUGCAGGGAGGAGGGCGACGGCGGCGGCGAGGAGGAGGCUGGCGGCGGGGGGGGCGCCGCCUCGCGGCGCUCGCGGCGCUCCGGCGUCGCAGGCGGGCGCGCUGGCCCGCGCCCGGGCUUCGUGGCCGUGCUGGACGAGCAGCGCCCACUCGAGGGGGACCACGACCCGCCGCCCCUGGCCCUGGAGGAGCUCCUGGGCGGCGGCGUGCGCGUGGCCGGGCAGCCGGUGCUUGGCUACGAGGAGCUGGUGGAUUUCAUCGGCAACAUGGUCGAGAUCGACAACAAGGUCACCCCGACAAACGACGACAUCCACAUAGCCAAGGACCUCAACGUCAAGCAGCUGCGCAAGUGCCAGGACGCCCUCCAGGCGGCCAGCAAGGUGGAGAUCGCAGAGGAUGCGAUGUUCAUGAGCGUAGAGGUCCUACCCAAGGGCUGGAGCUACGACGUGGAGGCCAUGGCGCUCAACCUGGACUUUGAGGAGUGCUACGCGGCUGGCGAGCUGAGCGAGAGGAAUAUGAACGCUGAGGACAAGGCCAAGUUUGCGGAGGCGAAGCGCGCGGAGCUCCAGAGCAUCUUUGACAACCAGGAAGCCGAGAACAUCGCCAAGACGGCCCCUCUGCUCAUGCCGUUAAAAUACCUCCAGAGCAACGCUGCCAGCGCGGGCGUUGGGUCUUUGAGCAUAUACAGCCCUUUGGUCUACAUCGCUGGGUGA